AUGGAUAGAUGGUUAGGAAAAGUAGCCCUAGUUACAGGGGCAAGUGCUGGUGUAGGGGCCGCUAUAUCAGAGAAAUUGGUUGAGGCAGGUUUAAAGGUUGUCGGUGUUGCAAGACGUGCCAACGUUUUAGAUGAAGUAGCUAAGAAGUUAUCUUCAAAGAAGGGAAAAUUUUUUUCUUAUACUGGCGAUGUCUCCAAAGAAGAAGACAUUGUAAAAGCAUUUUCCUGGACCAAAGAGAAUGUCGGACCUGUCAGUAUUCUUAUAAAUAAUGCGGCCGUUUUACUUCUAGAUGAUUUAAGUUCGAUUACAACGAAAAAUUUAAAACAAGAAUUUGAUAUAAACGUAAUUUCGGUUUGCAUUGCAAGUAGAGAAGCCAUAAAGCAAAUGAAGGAAAAUAAAAUCGCAGGCCAUAUUAUUAACAUCAACAGUAUUGCAGGCCAUAAAGUAGUUAAUUUUCCAAAGCUUAAUGUAUAUUCCGCAACCAAACAUGCUGUUAGUGCACUUACUGAAACUCUACGUCUGGAACAAGCAACGGAAAAAACCAACAUUAAAGUAACGAGUAUUAGCCCAGGGGCAAUUGUGACUGACAUGAUGAAAAAUGUUUCACAACAGUUGGGUAGGCCAAUUGAGAACAUUGAGCAGAUUGAAAAAGUUGCAGCUCUGAGUGCCACGGAUGUAGCCGAUUCGGUCCAUUACGUGCUAUCUACUCCUCCUCAUGUCAACAUUUCGGAGUUAACCAUUCAAGUAAUAAGCGAGACAGCAUAA